AUGGCCGCAAAUAACAAUGAGCCGGACCAAACACGGGAUGUAAUUGAGCAGCAACUUUCCCCCACUCCCUUCGCAUGCUCCUCGCUCACACGCCUGUCUGGAGGCACAGCCAACUAUGUCUAUCGAGGUACUCUUUCCUCAACUGGACAGACCAUCAUCAUUAAGCACACCAAAGAUCAUUCCGCCUCUAACCCAGAUUUCAAAAUCGAUGUCACAAGAUGCCACUUCGAGGAAGCCAUGCUUCAAGCUCUCGAUGGCCUGGCAAUGUACACAAAUGGUGAAAUAAGCGUCAGAACACCGCACCUAUUGGACUUCAAUCGGGAUACAAAUACCCAGGUGUUCGAAGACCUUCCAAAUUCAAUCGACCUGAAGAACUUCCUGCUCUCAAAGUGUUCUCAUGACUUGUCCGAAUCCUCAGGGCGAGCCUUGGGCGGCGCCCUUGGAUGCUGGCUGAAAUCUUUCCAUCGUUGGACGGCCGAGAAACAGCAAAUCGAAUCUACAAAACGUCUUGGGGAGAACAAAGUCAUGAAAGAUCUGAAAUUCUGGGUGAACUACACUAUGCUGCUUGACACUAUCGAAAAUUUCCCCAGUAUUCUAGGGGGGGAUCGUGAUGUUUUCGAGAAGAUUCGUAAUCUCGCUGCUGCAGAGCUUGACCGACAGAGCCAUGAUGAUGAGUAUGGAGCGAUUCACGGUGACUUCUGGACUGGAAAUGUUCUUCUUCCAAACGCUCCUCUCACCCAUCCAUAUAAGACGACGGUAUUCAUUGUCGAUUGGGAACUGGCGCAGGUUGGAAGCCGCGCGUUAGACUUGGGUCAAAUGAUUGCUGAGCUGUACGAAACCAAGCUAUUCAGGAAUAGGGAUGGUGGAGUGUGGAUUAUUCAAGGGUUCUUGGAGGGAUAUGGGGCCCUUAACGAUGAAAUGGCAUUCCGAACUGCGAUCCACGUUGGUGUGCACCUGGUUUGCUGGGGAAGUAGAGUUCCUGGAUGGGGCACUCAAAAGCAAAUUGAGGAUGUGGUGAAGUCAGGAAGAGAUUUGAUCGUCCACGCCUGGAGAAAAGAUAAGGCCUGGUUCGUAGAAGGCACUCUUGGUUGCCUGUUCAAGGGCUGA